AAUCCCCACCUCCAUUGUAUGGAUGUAGUAUAUCUUCUGCCUGGUGGAACUUCUACCUUCGAUUCGUAAAAUUUUGUUUUAACAAUAGCCAGACCGGCAGUUUCGAUUUGGCAACUGAAUUAUCCUACCUCUCUUAGGUACAGCUAAACACCAGACAUCAAAAUUUUAUCUGCCGGUUCCUGCGCACUCUCAAACUCAGAAUUGUAUCAGUCUCAACGUUGCCAUUCGUGUGCUAGUAGUUGCCGCAUAUAUUUCCAUCAGCCAUGGCUUCACCCGAUUUUGAUCAAGAACACAUCAACAACCUGCCGAAUGGCAUUCAUCAGGAAAUCUUCAGCUAUCUCCCUCUGGAGGAUCGCAAAACGGCUGCGUUGGUGUGCCGCCUCUGGGAGCAGGAAGCUUUCUCUGUGCGGCUGCUAACCAAUGUCCAACUUUGUGUAACCUGCCAACUGAUGAAGAGCUGGGCGACAACUAUUUCCGUGCUUCGGAAUAGUACACGAAAGUAUCGGAACGUCAUAUUUAGACUGUGCGAUGGUGACAUUUGUAGUCACGUUGAGUACCCGCUCAUCGUGGAUGUUUUGAACCAAUUCGGCUCGACGAUCGAGGGAUUCGUCAUGAAACAUGGUUGUUCGGCCAAUCGGUUGAAAAGAUUCGCAGAUAGGAUGCCUAAUUUGAAGAGCAUGACAGCGUAUGUGACGGAGUUGGAAAAUCUUCGGGAUGAGCCGAUUAAGUUUCCAGAGGAUAACAUCCUUAAAAAUCAACAGUUUGAUAUGCUCCGCGUGGCGCCGAAUUUACAGCAGCUGCGUAUAUUCUUCAUUAGUUCAAAAGAACAUGUUCGGGCACUGGAAAUGCUGAAGGCUUAUGCGAACCAACUGAAGAUGCUUGAUUUGAGAGUCUUAUACGCUUGGCUUCCUAUAGAUGAACUGCGACUGGAAAAAAUGGAAAUUCUGAAGCUUCAGGGAGGAUCACGUGAGUUCGAAGUGCAUAGACUGCAUCGCCUGCUGAAAAGGCUGCGGGAGUUGAAGGCAGUUCAUUUGGGUAUAAAUAUAUAUCAAUCCACACUGGAAGUUAUAUCCAGUAGCUGUCCUAAGCUGAACACGCUUGAUAUACGAUCUGAUUAUUUGGAGGUCGGCGCAUUAAAGCAUUUGAAUAAUAUGCCAAAUCUACAGACUUUUAUGGUGAACCGUCUUCACGAAACAUUCUUGGAAGUAUCCGAGCCAGUCAUUGUAGGCAUCAAAGAACUGCAUCUUCUCGUGGGUAGUACCGCAUUGAGUAAUCACGCGUACGCGAACAAACUCGCCAAAGUAUUCCCUCAUGUGAGUGAAAUUUGGCUUUCCAGAGGGAGAUUUCGUAUCUAAAUCCCGCACACAAUAACCGCAAGUAAACUUGUUUAACCGUACCACGAUCGUUUCCUGAGCUGAAGUAUCCAGUAGAAAUCCGUCGGAAACCUUCAAUUGUACCAUUUAUCACCUGAAGAGGAAAUUGCCAAACCAAUAAAAUAAAUCGUUACGGAGCACUUAAAUAAAGCAUCAUUUCAAAAAUCUAAUGCGAAAGUUUUUACUAUAAAAUGAUCAUUGCUCCCUCACUUACUUAUUUGUUCGUAUAAUGCUGCGGUCCGGACCCAAGUAAACUUCAUUUUUCAUUACACCUCGAAACCUAACCUCAAAAUGUUUGAUUAUUCCCAGGUCAUUUUGAGAGAUCCAACAGGUCUAACUUAUGAAUCGGCCUUCAAAUAAUUCAUAACGAUCAGAACUAUUUCAUAAGGACGCUCGAAG